AUGCAACUGUUGAAGAAUGGAUCGGAAUUUGCAUUGAAAUCGCUGCAGUGCACGUUGCAACAUCUCCCGGAGGAAAUUGCAAAUCAAUGGAAGGACCACAUGAACAAGAAAAAUAAAAACGAAUCUGGCCUAUUGACGGAAAUCUGCGAUGCUGAAAAACAGGAUAAAGACCCGGACUUCAUGAAAACGUUUUCGGCCGAUGAAAAAGGAAUGGUGAACGACACCUCAGUAUUAUGCAGAAUAAGGCAUACGACGCCAUCUGAAUGCACAGUGCUGCAAGGGGUUGACGCUUAA